AUGGGUCGUUUAUCAAAAAAAAGUCACAUUGCUUUAACAAAAUCUCACAUUAUUAAUGGUACUUUUAUUGCUGAAACUCAGAAUAAAACAAAUUUUGAGGAAGAAACUGAAGGUAAUGAUGAUGAUAGUGAAUGGGAAGAGGAUAUUGAUUUAAAACCAUAUUUAAUAGGAUCAACUAAAAAAUCUAUAUUUUAUGAUAAUUAUGGACCAAGUGGGAAAUGGACCAAGGCUGCAGAAAACACACCAAAAUUAACUAGUUUUUUUAGCUUAAAAAAUAAAGAAAUAGAAGGUGAAACAGAUGAUGUUGAAAAAGUUUUAUAG